AUGGAACGAGGGAACCUAGUACGGUUCUUGAAAGAGACUCGCAGGGAAGACGUGGAUCAUUAUUCAUUAGUGUACGAUAUCGCUUCUGGAGUAUUAUAUCUGCACAGCAAGAAGAUUGUUCACGGUGAUCUGAAAGGCGUCAACAUACUGAUUACACCGGAUGAACGUGCCUGUAUUGGAGAUUUUGGGUUGUCGAGAGUAGCUGACACUCAUGCACUAAGGAUGACUUCUUCCACAACGAUCUAUUCGAAGGGAACGACGAGAUGGCUUUCACCCGAGCUCUUGAAGUCGGAUCCACCGUGUCCUUCUUCAACAAGCAGUGAUAUAUAUGCUUUUGCUUGCGUGUGUUAUGAGAUCUUCAUGGGGAACGUUCCAUUCUACGAACUUGCGGAAGGUGCAGUCAUUGUCGCUGUAUUGUUAGACAAGAAGGUUCCAUCACGUCCCAUAUCGCCUCUGAACGUGAACGACUACAUGUGGAAUGUUAUGGUGUCUUGCUGGAACACGAAAGCCCAGCUUCGACCGAGUGCAUCUGAAGUGCUCGCUCGUCUCGAUGGGAUCCAGAGUUCGAAAACGGGUAGCAAUAUUGAACCUGCUUCUGCUUGGGAUACCUUCGAUUUGACUCAGCUCUGGAAGAACGUGAAGUACCCUCUCCUUGACACCGCAGCGCUUGUGCGACUUCAGAAAAAACUCAGAAUACAGCGGGUGGUGGCGCCGACACAAACGUUUACUCUAGAUAUGCAGGGUACAGAUUUCGGGACCAGAUUUGAUACCACCCUGGACGUCGGAGGGUCGACAUUUCAGCUCGAAUGUGAUGCCGCACAGAAAAUCAUCGUUGGAAGAUGGAAGGAAGCACGUCGACAAAAGGUGCUUGAUUUCGCGUACGCUGAUCUCGGGGCUAGAGUCGCAGAUUGGAGAGGGGCCCCACUGCACACUUGCGGUCGGCUCAUCUUUCACGAAACCCUCGUCUAUAUCGGCCCGAACUCUGAUGGUCAAUAUCGUGUCUACCUCUUUGAGAAGAUCAUCUUUUUUUGCUGGGACCCCACUCCUGCUCACUAUCAUUUUGCGGAGAACGGGAAUAUUGUGUUCGCGCCGAGACAAAGACAAAGACCGAUUACAGUCCGAGGCCUCACUGAUUCGAAGACCAUAGUCAAGACCGAAGCAGCUGAAAUAGUCGGAACGUCUUCGGUGCAGUACCUGCUAUGUAUAUGGUGGAAGGCAGACAAUCGUUCAGGAAACUAUUCACUGGAGUUUCCUCAGAAGAGUCAAAUGCUCGCAUGGUGUUCAGCGAUAACGAGCCUCAUCCGCCCACCUGACACUGAUCGUGAUCAUGAAGCGCAGACGUCAACUUAUCCAUCACCUCCUAACACACCGAGCUCAGAUCACGCUCCAGAACCGAACAACGUAUCCAGGACAAAUAAUAAAUCCAGUCGAGUGGUGGUUGUCGGUCAUUCUGAUCGCGAAGCUCUAGAUGACGGGCGGCCCCUUCCUCCAUUGGCAGACUUGCCGAGCUCAAUCCAGGAGAGGGAAACCGAAAAGACAAAGACCACUGGCAAUCAACAGAGUCGAGUCCAUGGUCUACACACAUCACCUUGUCCAUCACCUCCUACUACGCCGAGCCCAGAUCAAGUUUCAGAACCUAAAUCCAUCUAUACGAACAAUUUCAGUAAAUCAAGUGGAGUGGUAGUUGCCGGUCAUUCUGAUCGCGAGGCUCGGCCCCUUCCUCUAUUGCCGGUCUGGCCGAACUUUUUCCGGGAGAAGGAAUCAGAUAUGAAGAACUGGCUGGAAUGA